AUGGCACAGCCGGGACGACAAGUGCAAACAAAAAUCAAGUACUUCGAUGACCCCGGAGUACCUCUGGUGCCCAUGAUCAUUGGAGGCCCGGAGCCCGGCAAGCCUCAACCCAAGGUCGAGAUUCCAACGACCAUUACCGACGUCACCGGCAGAGAGGACGAGUUCACGCUGGACGUGCAGGGGUUUCACUACGUCAAGCACGAGAGCCAGGUAACGAACUGGGACGACGAUGAAGAGAUCAAGCGGGUGAACUACCCGGAAAUGGAGAAGCUGUGCUGGAAAGUCCUCUCAGAAACCGCCAACAUGCCCAAACCUUGCUUGGUUCACAUCAUGACGCACAUCAUCCGCCGCGGUCCCAAGGACGGCGAGGGACCCAAAGGACCGGCGCCGCUGUACGGCGUUCACGUCGACCAAUCCUUCAAAGCUGCCGAGGGUGUCGCCCAGAGAUGGCUGGGCGACAGGGCGGAAGAGCUGCUCAAGAAGCCGCGGUACCAGAUCAUCAACGCAAACCCUUUCGCCGUGUCCGACGCCAGAACCAUCCCCGACUCGGAUCUGGUGUUCGUGCCGGUGCGCUUCCCGGACCACGACACCGAGGCGGUCGAGGUGCGGCCCCCGACGAACUCGCCUCACAAAUGGUACUUCAAGGACAAGCAGCAGACGGACGACGUGUUGUUCUUCAAGCAGGUGGACUCGAGCACAAAGCCGGGAGUCCCGAGGAGAGUGCCUCACUGCGCCUUCAAGGACACCGACUUGCCCGAGGGGGCCGGCGAGCCGAGGGCGAGUAUCGAGGUCAGAGCAUUCGUUUUCUACGACGAAGACUAG